AUGCACAUAUGGAAGUUUGUUGCUUCUGAUUACUUGAUCAUUGGUGGAAAGGCUGAAUUUGAAGAGCUUUCCGGGCAUUCAUCGCUCGUAUCUUCGGUUUCUUUCAGUCCCCUGGGCGAUAUGUUGGCCUCCAGUGCGAUCAACAAUGAGAUCCGGUUGUGGAACUACACCUCAGAUGAGAAGAGAAGUGAAGUCAUCAAAACAUCCGCUGCCCACAGUGCCAUGGUCCUGGCGUUUAAUAAGGAUGGGAGCCUUGUUGCCUCUGGUGGGCGAGACAGGCGAAUCAAAUUGUGGUGCACCACAGGGAAGAAUGAGAUCUAUGACGCUUUCGAAGGCCAUGCCGGUAUGAUACAGGCUCUUGCGUUUUCUCCAGAUGGGAGUUUGCUUGCAUCAGGAAGCAGUGAUUGUACAGUACGGCUGUGGAACAUGCAGUCGCUAACAUCUUACAGAGAUCCUCUCCGUGGCCAUUACAGAGGUAUCCAUGCAGUCGCGUUCUCUCCCGAUGGUGUCCAUCUUGCGGCUGGCUCUGGUGACUGCCUCAUCUCUGUUUGGCAAGUGGCAACAGGAGAGCCCAAGGCUGAAGCACUGAAGGGACAUCUCUCCAGUGUCUUCUGCCUUGCCUUCUCGCCUGAUGGAAGAUAUCUGGCCAGUGGGGGUAACGAUAGAAUGGUGAGACUGUGGUGUUGCAGAACAUGGCAGCAGGUUCAGACCUUCAGAGGUCACAGUUCAGGAGUCUCGUCCGUGGCUUUCUGCAAGGGUGGACUGAUCCUGGUUUCAGGAAGUGGAGAUGGAACUGUCAGGCUCUGGGAUUUGAGGCAAAGGAUGGGAUGA